AUGGAUAACCAAUCUGUACUGCUUGCAAAGAUAAAAAUUCUGACCCAUCAAAGCAGUGUUUAUCAUGCAAACCACAAUACUUUUUAAAUAAAUAAACUUCUAAAUGCUAAAAGUGUGAUCCAUAAUGUUUAGAAUGUGUAAAUCAAAGCAAUAAUUGUACUAGUUGCUAGUUUGCAAAUUAAAUUACACCAACAUGUGAUUGUAUUUAGUAAUAAAUAAAUUUACAAAAUAUAUGCUAAUGUAAUUAUAAGUGUGGUUCUUGUAGUAUUAUAGAUAAUAAUUUUUGUUUUACAUGCUCUUCUUAAAAAAGGGUUUUACCUAACUGCUAAUGUGACCAACAGUACUAAGAAAUUUAAUAAGAAUGUGUUGAAAUAAAAAUAUAGUGUUCUGAUAAGUGUUCAAGUUGUGUUGAUUUCAGUGACAAUUGCACCAAAUGCUCUUAAAAUAGAGUCAAUCCUCCUUUCUGUAACUGUUCUUAUGGAUACUAAGAAUCACAUAACGGUUCUUGUUUAGCUUGUCACUAAGGCACUUAUUAUGAUCCUUUGCUAAAAAUAUGUAAAUAAUGUUCUCCUUAAUGCCUCUCAUGCAAUUAUUAGCAAUGCUUUUAGUGUAUGCCUGGAUUUUAAGAGCAAGGCUUUUUUUGCAACUGCUUAGAGUAAUAAUAUUAAUCUGAUAGUAAUUAAAUGA